AAAAAAAUCACUCGCCAAAACAGAAAUCAGAAAAAUGUCGCUUUUCCAAUUGUGUCGAUGGUGGUAUACUCAAUGUCCGGAUUUUGGAACAAACUACGACAACAAUUCAAUGCAUUGUUGUCGUAUUGGCUCAAACGAUAAUGACAAGGAUUACAUUGUUGUUGGUUCGCAUUCUGGUCACUUGAGCAUAUUUAAUCCGUCCGGUGAUCCUCCCGAAAAUAACAACGAUAAUGCGUUUAAAGCAACAGACGUCCUAAUCGAAAUGAAGCUACCGAAUCCGAUUAUUGGAAUUGAAUCUGGAAAAUUUAUAGGAUCGAAAGAGAAUGGAAAAUGUCAGCUGGCAAUUUUACAUCCAAUGAAACUUUCUAUUUACGCUAUUCACACCACUGAAGGACAUGCUUCGCAUGGCGAUCAAUCGAAAUUGGAACUUUGUUACGAAUACAAGUUUCAAAGGUUUGCAUUUUCAUUCUGUAAGGGAAAUUUUGGUAGUGUCAAGGGAAAAGAAUUCUUUUGUGUGGUUCACAUGGACAGUUCGUUAAGCUUUUUUGAACAAGACUCCAUUGCAUAUGAAUGCAUUUUACCGGGUGAAAGGAACAUACCAUCAGUCUUUGUUUACGUUCAACGAAUCGAUAGUUUUAUUACCGUUUCUACUGCAUACGAUGUGGAAUGCUUUAGAUACCAGGACCUAUCUCAGAGUAGUGAAACUGGUGGAAAAGUUAUCGAAGCAAUGUGGGUGGCAAAUAUCGGCAUGGAUUGGAUGGCAUUGGAUGUUACUUCUUUACAAUUAACUAAUGACCAAUCUGUAAUUAUGAUUCUUGGAGAAAAUCAUUUCAUAUCAAUAGCCGACGAUGGAUCAGUUAGAUUCAUAAAACGGCUGGAUUAUUCGCCGAUGUGUUUUCACUGCUUCGUGAUUGGAUGGUAUUGGGAACCAAAUGCUAGAUUAAUUACAUCAAUUGUAAGCGAAAGUGGUUCACUGCUAAUUUAUGAGGAGUCAACACUCAUUUGGGCCGCCCAACUAGCCGAAGUACCUGUAUCUAUACAAAGAUCUAACGUAAAUGGAUUAGCUGGAGCUGUUGUGACAUUAAGCGAGACUGGACAGCUUCAAGUGGGCUUUUUGGGUUCUGAGCCACAGCCCUUCAAAGUGCCACCGUUAAAUUUGAGUGAAUUAAAUUACGAAAACGUGCAAAAGGAAUUAGCCGAAUUGGAAAAGGAUAUAAAAUCUGGAAUCGAUUUCACGGACUUAUCGUUAACUAAAGCCCUAGCAAAAAAAGAUCUACAAUUGAAAGUAACUGUCGAUAGUAGACUUGAACCUUGCAACUUUCCCACAAAACGUUCAUUUGAAGUUGCUAGACAAAUGUGCCGCGUAAGUCUGAUAGUGACGCCGAGUGUAUCGUUGGAACAAAUUCAGAUUUUGUUUGUGGCAUCAGAGCCGCUAGUUUGUUCUGAACCAUUACAUUUCUUACGCAAUGUUCCCAUUAACACUUCGAAGAGGGUAGACGUUUGGAUGUAUUUUAACAACACGUUGCCAGCUCAUUGCACGGAUGCUAAAGUAGUCGUUUCGUUCAUUAAUCAGCAAAGCAUUUGCAGAAUAUUAGAAGAGAGAAUUUCAUUGCCAAUCAAAUUAUUCUUUUCUCAACAUUCGCCACAAAAGGAAGCAUCGAUUAAAAUUACCUUCAGCGUUGAAGGGUCGGCCGAAACGUUAAGCUUGAGCGCAUUAUUUACACCUGAUUAUUCAAUGGAAUCUGAUCUUCAAGCAGCGGGAUUUAAAUCAAAUAUAACCAACACGGUCAUUACAGUUAUUACAAAUAAACAGCAAUCAAACCGAAUAAGGAUUCAGUCGGACGAUCUAACUUUAUUUGGAGCAUUUCUCGAAGUCAUGAAAUGUCGUAUUGAAGAUUACACUAACAAAUCAACAGCUAAGUCUCAGAAUCAGGCAGCAAAAUUAAAAUUAGUAUUUCUACCGAAAAUUCCGAUCAACGAAAUUCUAUCCAAAGUUGACGGUCACACUGACGCUUUAGGCAAAGUCAAAUUACUUCAAGACAAACUUGACUCACGAUCGGCACAGAUGCGUCUUAUUGUACGAAGUAUGUUUAUCAAGUUAGAAGAUAAAAAAGAAAAUGCAACUGAAGGAGUUAUGAUGCUAUAUAAAACCACUCAGGAUCAAAUCAAUGAAGCCUUGAAAGAACUGGACACUGCAAUUUUCGACCUUAAACAGAGUCGUCAAAACCUAUCUUGUGCUCUAGCAAUGUGUCGCAUUAUAGUUGAAAAUUUGGACCUCCCUAACAAGACUACGGAAGGACUAUGCUCGAUUUUGAUCACCCCAAUUGUCGAUUGGCUAAACAAUACUUGGGAGGAAACAACAAACGAUUCCCUUGACCGAUUAAACCAUAUUGGUGCAUUGCGUAAAAAUAAAAAUGCGUCUGUCGAUGAUCAUCCAACAUAUGCGGCGACUUCGCUGGACAUCAAUCGGUACAAACGUCGUUUGUCAGCACUCUUGGAACGAGUGUGUCGCCUUUGUUCGAAAAAGGAUAAGAGCCAGGACGAGAAUAAUCUGCUAGAGACCGAUUGUUUGGAGGAGGAGGAGGAGAACGAGGAGGAAUAUAAAAGUGAUUGGAUUAGUGAUAACCAACCUCAGGUCGAUUUAAAGCGAUCCGAUUUAGUAACAAUGGAUAACAGUUAAACGAAAGGCUAUUCAUCUGUUAUCUACAACGACGACAACAGUAAAUGAUGAGCUAUGCCUAAUGCAGCCUUAUGUAGCAAAACUUAUUUUUAAACAAUUGAAGUAGCAGACCUUGC